UUCUCUACAGAGGCCAGCACAGAGCCAGAGAGGAGGGACUGUUUGCAGCUCUGAGAGCCAGCUGUCGUUCGCUCAGCGCUGGGUCUAUUCUCCCCCUGACCCCCUCGUUCUCCACUGGCCUCAUCCCUCCAUGGGACUCCAGACCUGGCCGCCAAGCAACCCACCGCUGUCCUCCAUGGCCUGCCUUGAAGUGGAGACCCCUUCCAUCUGCAGGGGUAAAUUCAAAUCAGUCCUCCAGCUCUGUCUGCAGCAGAGGAGAAGUCGGGAGCAGCUCGUGGAGCAAGGCAUCAUGCCGCCCCUGAAAACACCUGCUGCCUUUCAUGAGCAGAUUCGCAGCCUGGAGAGAGCCAGGACUGGGAGCUUCCUAAAGCACAAACUGUGCAGGAGACCUGAGCGCUCUGAGCUGGUCCGUAUGCACAUCCUGCAAGAGACGCAGGCUGAAGCCUCGCUGCAGGCCACACAGUUGAAGCUGAAGAGGGCCCGGCUGGAGGAUGAUCUGAACGAGAAGCUGGCCCAGCGGCCGGGAGCCAUGGAGCUGGUGGAGAAGAACAUCCUGCCUGUGGACUCCGGUGUGGAAGAAGACGAUGAUGGUGGUGAGGUAACCUGCUCUAAGCCAACAGACAUCUACAACUUUGAUGAGGACAGCAGCGAUGCAUUAUCACCCCCACAGCCUGCCAGCCAAAAGUCUUCCAGCUCCACGUCUGCCUCUCCAAAGGAGUCUGGAGGGACUGAGGCCACUUCCACUUCCUCUAAUUUAAACUCUCCAGUACAGCGCUUCCCCCCACCUCCUAACACACAGUGCACAUCAAACGCAGUCAGCCCUGUCUCCACGGGCGAGCGACAAAACCACCAACAAGCCUCUGCACCUCAGCCAAUCACCAGCUCUGUCCCAAACAUCACCCCGGGGCCACUUCUUGUAAAGCAAAGCUUAACCAAGCUACCCGGGGAUAAAAGCCGCAGCAAAAAGAGCAAAGAGCCCAAACCGCGGGUGAAAAAGCUGAAGUACCAUCAGUACAUUCCCCCGGACCAGAAGCAGGAUCUCAGUGAAGUUCUGAUGGACUCGGCUUACGCCCGUCUGCUGGAGCAGCAGCAGCAGUUCCUGCAGCUUCAGAUCUUAAACCAGCAGCAGCAGCAGCAGCAGUACAGCUACCAGGCCGUCCUGCCCGCCACUCUCAAACCAACUACUGAGGUACAAAGCAGCUGCUGCAGAGUUGCUCUGAGAGGAAGCGCUGCGUCUCCCCCUGUGCACCCCCGACACACUCAGACCAACCGCAGGCCGGAUCACUUACCAGCUAACCUGGAUGAGAUGAAGGUUGCUGAGCUGAAAAUGGAACUAAAGCUCAGAUCUCUGCCUGUUUCUGGGACUAAGACAGAUCUAAUCGAGAGGCUGAAGAUGUAUCAGGAGAACUCUAACCCCCAGACCGCCACUGAGACCACAGCCUCACAGUCUGAAAACAUAAGGUUAACCCCGCCUGUGUCCCCCAUAUCCUCCAAGGUGUCCAGUCUGGGCAUUGAGGACAGCCCCACCAGGCUUCCUGAUGCUCUGUCUGCAGCCCCCUGUGUGACCUCCCCGCACAGAGCUCCACAGGAGGAGAGUCCCACCGAGAAGAGGCCCUUUUUUAAGGACUCUGAGAAGGACAAACGACUCCACGAGAAGCAGCGGCAGAUUGAGGAGCUGAUGCGGAAGCUGGAGCGGGAGCAGAGGCUGGUGGAGGAGCUGAAGAUGCAGCUGGAGGUGGAGAAGAGGAGUCAGCAGGGAGAUUCUCCACCUCACCGCAGCCCUCUCGCUCCCUUCAAGGUCAAAGAGGAAAACUUGUCAAACUACUCAGUGUCUUGUGGUUCUCCUGGCCUUCCAGUGUUGGUCAAACAAGAGGAGGCGGGUCCUCAGAAUCAAUUUAUCAACCAGACAGUGCCUGAAAGCGUGCAGCGAGGUCAGGCUCAGAUCAUCCUGGCUUCAUCCCAUCCUCCCUCAGCAGGCGCGAUCCAGCUCCCUCCCAGCAGCAUUCAAUCACACACUACUGUUAGCAGCGCGGCCCCAGGCCUCAUCCAGACGUCUGGACAGGUGCCACAGAAAAUAGAGGCCUCAGCAGCGCUACAACAGCACUGCAGCGCUCAGACUCAGCCGUCCACAAAGACAUGGAUGAUGGGUAAUGCAGCACAAAGCUUACUCGAAACAUUCCCAGCCAGUGGUGGUCCUGUAGGAGCCUCCUCCAGCCAAGCUGGUCCUAAGGAUGCUACUAAUAAGUCUCCCAGCCAGCCAGCGUCGAUCAUGCCAGACCAUGUGUCGAAGUGUAAAGACCCGCCACGCUACGAGGACGCUGUAAAACAGACACGCAGCAUGCUAACAGCUGUUCAGGGUCCCAGCGCAGCCAGCCAGCAGAUGGAUGACUUGUUUGAUGUAUUAAUCGAGAGCGGUGAGAUCUCCCCCUUCAUCAGGCAGGACCCUCCCUGCCUGGACAAGCCUCUCCCUGUGACAGCCAGUGUCACCACCCUACCCAUCAGCACGGCUCUGUCCCGCCCUCCCCCUGUGGUCCAGGUAGCCCAGCUUCCUGCAGCGCAGCUCAACCCCUCUGCCAGCUUGGCGGCCCUGACCUCCGACACCCAGCUGGAGACCCUGCUGGCUGCUCACACGGAGCCCCAAACUCUGACUCUGCUGGAGGAGCUGCACUCCCCCGUGGUCAGCAUGGAGGUGGACUCCCCCUCCGCUUCGCACUUGCACAGCACCAACAUGGACAACAUGGAUUGGCUGGACCUCACCCUGUCUGUGCCCGCGGGGGGGGUCAACCCUUUGGACAUGUCAGCGCCGGUGGGCGUCUUCUCCUCCGACUUCCUGGACUCACAUGAACUGCACUUAAACUGGGAGUGACCGAGGAGAUUUCACGCACCUAUCAGACGAUUUUUUUUAUGCAAGGGAGGUAAUUUCCUGUGUGGAGAAAUAAGUGCUUUUUGGAGGUGGGGGCAGCUCUGUUUUGCUUUCUGCCCCAUAAUAAUCAGCUCAGUAAUAAUCGAAUAUGUGCUGCAUCAGUUAAGACGUUCCUGCAUUGCUUCCUUUGAGGUCUUUACAGCCUCUGAUUGUAAUGGGAGACUGACAUUAAGUAGGACUGGUACUGGCAGAUUAAGAUGACAGUGGAAGGAGCUUUUAAAAUGUCAAUCUUAAAUAAUUCCACUGUUAUUGCUUUCCUUUCGUCCUCCGAUCGUAAUGAAUGUACAGCGUUUUAUUGAAUGUUGUAAAAGCUGAAAAAGCAGGAGAUAUGUCCUAAUGCUGGUUAAAGAUAGGACAAACACUGCAUGUAGCUGGGGGGUGUUAUGUUGUUCACUCCACCCUGUCUUUCACUAUCAAAACAGAUUGUAAACACACACCUACUCAAUGUGCCCCCUGUGUAAGUGUAAAAUGUGAAGCAUAAAUCAGAUGUUUAUAUGAUAGUGUGAAUGUGAUAAUGAUAGGAUAUGAGCCCGCUGAGGUAACAUAGUGUCAAAUGAGUCCGAUCAACCCAGGAUUUACUGCAAAAAAUUCAAUGUCUCAACCAGUUCUGACAAGAAUUCUAGCAUGAGCCAAAUCCUGCACACUCUUUGUAAAACCAAUAGUCCCAGGGCACAACAUUUGCCAAAUACUGGUAAAAUAUGCAAAUUGCUACAGUAGAUUUGCAUUAACUACAGGUCCAAAAACACCAGUGAUAUAUGGACUGAAAUCUGCAAUUUUACUAGCCUUUUUGCUUCUGGACAAAAAAGUUAUUUUUGCACCCUGCCUUUGAUAUUAAAAAACAAAACACUGAUUAGGAGA